UCUUUGGUGCCAUUGACAGCGCGUGGACGACCACUUGGCGCACGCGCACAUCCUCAGAUGUCAACUAACAAAGUAGGCUUUACACACAGGGAAGUCCCAAUUCCCCUACAAGUAAGGUUUUUUUUUAACAGCGAAAAGUUAUGAGGUAGAUAGGAGGUUUAGCGGACAACUACACUAAGAAUUUGUUCCCCAAGCUGGCAUUGCCUCGGUGAAAAUGGAGCAGGAGUUUGAGGACAUUGAGUCCGGGGGCCGGUGGCAGAAACUGUACAUGGAAAUCAGGAAUCAGUCCCAAGAGUGCGCCUACAAGGUGGCAAAGUAUCCAGAAAAUCGCAUACGCAACCGAUACAGAGACGUCAGUCCAUUUGAUCACAGUCGAGUCAAGCUGAAGAACGCCGACAACGACUACAUCAACGCCAGCCUGGUUGUCAUGGAAGACGCUCAGAGACGUUAUGUACUGACUCAGGGUCCCCUCAGGAAUACAUGUGGUCACUUCUGGCUCAUGAUCUGGGAGCAAAAGACCAAAGCGAUCGUCAUGCUCAACAGGGUCAUCGAGAAAGGCUCGGAAAAGUGUGCCCAGUACUGGCCCAUGGCCAAAGACCUAGAGAUGGCCUUUAAGGACACGCGCUUCUCGGUCACGCUGUUGUCAGAAGAGAUCAAGUCUUACUACACCACCAGAGUUCUGGAGCUGCUGAAUGUCAACACGGGGGAGAAAAGAGAAAUCCACCACUUUCAUUACACCACGUGGCCCGACUUUGGCGUUCCAGAAUCCCCUGCGUCGUUCCUCAACUUUCUAUUCAAGGUGCGCGAGUCAGGGGCACUGGGAGUGGACCAUGGGCCAGCUGUGGUGCACUGCAGCGCCGGAAUUGGACGCUCUGGCACCUUUUCGCUAGUGGACACGUGCCUGGUGUUGAUGGACAAGAGAAAAGAGCCGUCAGUGGACAUAAAAAAGAUUCUUCUGGACAUGAGGAAAUACCGCAUGGGUCUUAUUCAGACUCCUGACCAGCUGCGCUUUUCCUUUAUGGCAGUGCUAGAAGGAACCAAGAGCAUCAUGGGAGACUCCACGGUGCAGAAUCAAUGGCGAGUGUUGUCCCGAGAAGACCAGGCACCCGCAACUGACUCCUCUCCCUCCACCCAGCCUCAACUCCACAGUCCCACAGAGCGAUGCAACGGCAGCCAGCAGACGCCGCCGCCCGACGAGCAAGAAGAUUACCGGCAGGACGGCAAGAGCCAAACAGAGUCCCCUUGUAGGGAUCAGGACAACAGCACAACAGCACAGUGGGUGAACACAAGAAAACGACGCAGAGACGACGGCUUAUAUGUAACGGCCGCAGUCAAAACAGGCCAAAAGACAAACGACGGCGAGAGGAAGAGGAAAAGUUUGGGCUGCAUUUGCUGCACAUGACCCGGCGUAUGUAUGCAACCCCUCCCCCACACUUUAUAUACUCAAGCCACCGGUGUCUACUACGUCAAAUUUGCGGUGUGUCUGCUGUGUUGGUUUUUUCUGAGUUUACAGGCAACAGUUUGACUUUGUUUUUUUUUUACGCACUCCGGCAUGAGUGUGUGGUGUGUAAGAGCAGGGCUGCAUACUUAUUUAUGAUAGCUGAAAUGCACGUGCGCUCAUAUCUUUACCUACAUUGGAUUGCUUUUGCCCCACCCCUGUAUUAUUUUUUGCAUUGGCUAUCAAGUCAUCUAUCUUGUUCACUUGAGGUGGUCUGAAAAGUUUGUUCACAUGCUUUAGGCGCUAGGCCACAAGAGGGUGCAAUCUCCAUGAUGGAGAAGCAGGCCUGUGAAAAGGUUUUGAUUGAAGGUGUAAUUAGCACCCUCUCCACUAGGUAACACAACUGUACUCAAUGGAAUGCUUUGGGCAAACGGGAUAUGUUGUGGUCAUCUCCAGGUAUACACUUCUAGUUGAAUGCUUGUUUUAUGUAAGAUCUGUGAGGCGUCGUUUGGUCUGAUCUGGUACUUGUGAUUUUUUUGUCUCUUCCAGAGCAAAAACCAUCGAUUCUUGACUUCGGCUCUCUAUGCCAACCAAAGUUACAUUCAAGGGCAACGCCGGCAGCAAAACAUCGGCAGAAAACACGAGCUGGCCUCACUUCCACAAGCGUUCCUCAUCCAUCCAAAAUUAGGUUUUAGCUCUUCAGCACACUUCCUUAUCAUCACUCUCCAAACUGUUAACACAUACAGACAUUACUCAAGCAGACACCAGCGUAGUUUUACUACAUUUAUACAGACUGAAACAAUUGCUAUGCAUUGCUGUUUUACAAAUGAGUAUUUUUCCAGGGGUGGAAAUGAAAAUGUUUCUAUUUUUUAUAAGAGUACUUGAAGUUUUCCACAGCGAUGCGGCAAAAGUCAGUGGCGUGUAUAUAUAUUUUUUUUGUUCAACUCAAAAACAAAAGUAUUGUUACACAAGAAUAAAAUUUGAUGACAAUUUCUUA